GUGUUUUACGGUGUUACCUUACAGCGGUACAGUACAGACAGAAAUCCCACUUUCCGGCAGACGGAGAUGUCCACCUCGCCGUCGCCGGCGCCGCCGCAGCCGCUUGACAACGACGACCUCCUCUCGGAGAUCCUCCUCCGCCUCCCGCCGCAGCCGUCCUCCCUCCCUCGCGCCUCCCUCGUCUGCACCCGCUGGCGCCGCCUCCUCUCCUCCGCCGCUUCCGCGCCCGCCACCGGCGGCCACCACUCCUCGGCCUCUUCAAGGAAGAUUCAGUAUACCCCAUCUUCAUCCCCACGCUGGACUCGCCGGACCGCAUCCCGCCCGCGCGCUUCUCAUGGCGGGUCCCCGGCGGCAGCGGCGAGGACUACCACCAGCUGUUCGGAUGCCGCCAUGGCCGCGUCCUUCACUACAGCCGGAGGCGGCGCCUACUCAUGGUGUGGGAUCCCCUCACCGGCGACCGCCGCGCCGUGGAUAUCCCGGCGCUGUUCCAUCGCUGGGACAUGGUCGUCUACCAUGGGUCGGUGCGCUGCGUCGACGGCGACGGCUGCUACUCCAACCCAUUCGAGGUGGCCGUGGUAGGAACUGACACGAGCGGGACAGUGGCGUUCAUCUGCGUUUACUCAUCCAAGACCGGCAAUUGGGGAAAUGUGGUCUCAGCCCCGAUUAGUCCUGGGGAUUACAUGUCAUUUUCCAGUAUCCUGGAUGGGGAUUUCCUCUACUGGUUGCUGGGAAAUCAUGGGUGCCCAAUCCUUCAGUUCAAUUUGGUUAAACAGACAGCAACUCUGGUUAACGCGCCACCGGAUUUGCGUACCAAUUCGUAUGGCGGCUUCCAUAUUGCACCAGCAGAGGAUGGUGGUGGGCUUGUAAUCCUUGCUGUGACACAUUUCAGUCUAAAUGUAUGGAAGGGUAAGACCAAUCGUGAUGGUAUUGCUGGAUGGGUGCUGGAGAAAACCAUUGAAUUGGACAGGCUCCUUUCUUUCGGAACAGGACCUGAGACAUGGGCACCAGUGAUUCUGUGCUUUGCAGAGGAACAUGAUGUGGUAUUUUUGAGCACGCAUGUUGGUUUCUUCAUGGUCAAUAUGCAGUCAAUGCAAUUCAAGAAUAUUCCCCAAAUCCUGAAAGGAGGCCUGUAUUAUCCUUUCUCUAGCUUUUAUACUAAAGAAGCCGCAGAACUGUUGCCCCCAUGUGAUAUGUCCAAGAAGCCUAAGGUUCCAUUUGCUGGUGCGUUGCCUGAUAUUGAAGAAUAUGGUUCAAAUAUUGGAGAGAUUAGUUGCUACUAAUUCUGGUCCAAGGCAUAAGAAGAAGAUAAAUCCAAAACAAACCUUUUAUGUGGGCUCUUUACAAGUGGAGAUCGAUCCAAACUAAUGGUUCGGUCAUGCUUAAUUGAAUUAAGUACCUAUCAGUAGUAACCUAGCCGCAUUAGUUUAUUCCUUAUGCAGGUGCUAGCUUUGUGUCCUUUUGUGUUUGCUGUGAACAUGUGAUUCGAUGUUGUCUAUCUGGUGAAGGAAAACUGAAGAAUCACUUCACUUUGGUAUAAUGUGUCAUUUGUGAUAAUGCUUUGCAUGUCCUUUGGUUGCCCAAGAGGUUAAUCAAACAUAUAGUUGGUUUGGGUGCUGGUA